ACUCUCUUUUAUACCCACAAUUGUUACAAAAUAGCAGAAGAGGUUUUAGGUAGGGGUUUCGUUCAGCACUACCACACCACACCUCAGAUUCGCCACCCAUCGCCACCAUCGAUCUUGCAUCAUUUGCGACGAAUUUCGGGGGAAGAAAUUAGGGUUUCUGUGGGAUAGUGCAAAAAUGAUGAGCUCAACUGUGGUGAAGAAACUGAAGCCCCUGCAUUCGUCAUUGGAUUCUUUAAGCUCGCGAUUUCUGCAGAGAUGUUCGGUCAGCGGUACAGCAAAGGGUAAGGGCAAAAUCAAAGCCGGGCAAACAUUGAAACGGUCAAAGGUCACCGUAAAAAAAGGUGGAGCACCAGCUGCUCCCGCUAAAGAAGGGCCUCGGAAGAAGAGCGAAUUCGAAGAAAUGGUUGACAAGUGUUUGACCGCCACUCCACCGUUGAGAUUCUUGAAACCCAAGGAAAAGGCCCGCGAAGCCAUGAGAGAGAAAAUGGGGCUCACAAGCAAAGGCAACGAACAGGCGAAGCAGAAGCUGAAGAAACAGGGGAAAGAUUUCGAUUCGCCUUUCGUAAUGGGAACCCCCGGUAUGGAUUUGAUCACAUUGGGUCUGGUAGAUGCCGAUAAGAUUCCGAAAUACGAGCUGAACGUCGAGGAUGGGCGAAUGCUCGCGAAGGAGUACAGUAGGGUUUUGAUGAGGAAGCAUAGGGCAAGGCAGGCUUCAGAAUCGAUGCUGUUGAAGUGCAAGAAGGAAGCCAUUGAUGCAUUGCCUGAGGAAUUGAAGGAAGCUGCUUUGGUCCCGGAUUUAACCCCUUUUCCUAUUAAUAGGUUUAUGGCGACCCUUACACCGCCGAUCGAAGGCUAUAUCGAGAAGGUUAACGAGGCGGCAAGAAGGAGUGCUAUCAAGGGGAAGCUCAGAUGAUUCGUAUUUAGAUCUCACUUUGGCAGAGAGGUUGUUGUUGCUGUUUGUGGUUCUGAAGAAAGUAUUCCUGUCAAUGGACUCCAAUUGAAGCUGCCGAACAAGUUUGCAACUGUUAGGAAAGCUAAUCUCUUCAGUUUAGAUUACAUUUUGAUGUAUGCUUUCGGAUUAGGUUGCCAAUAAUACGAUAUGUAUCCACCUCUUAGCCAUUGUUUUUUGACUUACGAUUGGAUUGGAUUUGAUUUCAUAGACGAUAUAAUCAAGUUCGGUCAAUGUUUGGGGUUCUUGGUUUCGGGACCAUGAUAAACACAAGCUCAAAUUUUAGUGAAACACGUAACUAUCAUGUUAUUUCA